GUGCCGGUAUCUCUCUUGGCACCGCUAGUUAGAGAUUCCACUCUCGUGUAUAGAAUAGGGAUGUCAGAGGGCACUGGCAGGGUGCCGCACGGCAGGGGAUGUGGGUGAUUGUGGAGCAGCAGCAGGGGGAGGCAGGGCUCAAGAAACGGAGUCUUAUUGCCUACUCCAUCAGAUCACCGGCGAUAACAUCUUUGUAGCCUACAUUCAUCAUAUGGGUGUCAUACCUUGGCAUGACCAUACAAUUCAUUCUUGCCCACAACAUAUGGGCACACCCUCCUUCCUUCCCAGGGACUCCACCCUCCUGUAGUGAGGAAAUUCCUGUGUGGAAAUGGUUGGUGAUUAUGGAGUUGAUGGAAAAAUGGGGGCUUGACAGGGACCUCAGUUAUGGCUGUAAGUGAGGUAUGAGAGAGAUUAAAAGGAAUGAUACAAGGCUGAUGCAGGAUUUGAAGGUUGUGAACAGUGUUAUUGAAAGGACAACUUGUUUUGGAAAGUGGAUCCCAAGUUGGGUAUGAGAAAAGGAAGAAAGACUAAUAAGGGUUAGGUGGAAUACACAUUUGGUGCUCUGAGCUUAAAGGGUGGAGCUGAAAGUGGAUAAAAAGAGUUAAAGAAAAUGAACAGUGGAAAGAAAAGUAGGACAAAUAAGGAUUGAGGUAAUGUGAGUGCUGUGGAGGUGAGGGAGGCAGUUGUCACGAUGAAUGGUGUGGCAGGAGGUGGCCAUCACGACACAGCCCCGCACCGUACCACCACCACCCCUGCUGCCACAGACCAGUCAGUCAGACAGCACCACAGGGCUAAGAUGAAUGGUGAUACGUCCCACCCACCAAGGGAAAAGAAGCCCAAGACCUACACACCAGGAGGCGGAGGCGGCCACGGGGCAGCGGUGUCACCCAUCACCACAUCCUCGACAUCAGUUGGUGCCCUUGGGGGAAGUGGCGGGGGCGGCGGCGGCGGUGGUGGCGGCAGUGGAAGUGGAGGUGGUGGCGGGGGUGGCGGGGGAGGGGGCGCUGGGGGCUACUCAGCCACCUCCCCGUCGCCCCACUCAAGCUACGGUGAACAGCUUUCCCGCACCAACCUGUACAUCCGAGGCCUUAGUCCCGAGACCACUGACAAGGACCUGGUAGAGAUGUGCAAGAAAUACGGCAACAUCAUAUCAACAAAAGCUAUCUUAGACAAGAACACAAACAAAUGCAAAGGCUACGGGUUUGUAGACUUUGAGUUGCCAGCUGCAGCAGACAAGGCAGUUAAGGGUCUGCAGGCUUCCAACAUCCAGGCACAGAUGGCCAAGCAGCAGGAGCAAGACCCUACCAACUUGUAUAUUGCCAACCUGCCACCUCACAUGAAUGAAGCAGAGUUGGAACAGCUCCUAGCACAGCAUGGACAAGUCAUUUCCACACGUAUCCUCAGAGACAACAAUGUACAGUCCAGAGGUGUUGGCUUCGCGAGAAUGGAGUCUCGGGAGAAGUGUGAGCACAUUAUUCAGAUAUUUAACAAAAAGGUGCUGCGAGGAGCCAAGGAAGCUCUACUCGUCAAGUUUGCUGAUUCUGGCAACAAAAAGCGAAACCAAUAUAAAUCCAAGGACCAGGGCAACUGGGAAAGACCUGAACCCAUACAAGUGUAUGAACACCAGCCGUCUCUCCUCACUCCCAAUGGGACUCUGAUGCCUUCAGUGGCUCAUGGUGCGUUCCGGCAGUACCCCCCGUCCCAGGUGCCCCCAUACCCCCUGCAGCCCUUCUACAUCAUGCAGCACUCAACCCUCCCACACAUGGAUGUGCCUCCGAUAAUACAAACUCCGGUGGACACCAGCCAGGUGCCCUACUCACAGGCCGUCAUCCCAGCACUGACCACACACAUGCAGCACCUUCACCUCACUCAUGGCUCUCCAGGAGGGUAUUUGAGUGGAACGUACCCUGCCUCUCCUUAUCCCCCCAUGAUGCAGCACAUGACCAUGAUUGAUGAUACCACUGCGCACUCUCCAGACGAGUACCAGCCCUACCCUACCACACCCGGCCCUGUCCAGUGCCAGCAGCAGCCCAAGUAACACUGUGUUGAACUAGGUCAUCUCAUUAGCCACUAUCUUGUCCUUCUGAAGUGGGGAAGCCCUAUCCAAGAAUCACGGUGUUUGGGCUCUGUGGGCCACAGUCUCAUGUCAGUACGGUAGUGUAACUAUCGCCUCAACUAACUCAACACUACAGCAGGGGGACUGUGCUGGAAAAAUUGCAGUCCACAAUUCAUGUGUCUUGUCCUUGUAUAUCAAUCAACUUGAAAGAAACAUUGUAAAAAAAAUUGGCCUCAAAACUCCCAUCAUCUCACUAAGAAAAAACAAAAAGAAUUAUAUAGCAUGAGUGCUGGCAACACUGUGGUCUGAGCACCCCAGACUGCUGAAGUCAGGCCUGCCAGAAGAAAGUAGGUGGGCAGCCCUAUCUGCUGAGGCCGCCCUGGGCUUCCUACUGCACCCAGCCAGCCAGUCACAAAAUGCAAGAAGAGUUUCCCUCGCCCAGGCAGGUGGGUUGGUCCUGCGUCCAGGCAGUGUGGGACCUGUGAUUCAGUUAGACACAAGUGUAGAAUGACUAGCUUAGAACAUUUCUUUAAGUAAGCAAGUGCAAACUUAUGGGUCAAUAAAAGAAAUUGCAUUAUUUCCCAAGUUCUUGUUGAUCUGUGGAAAAUAUUAGAAUCAUCCCUUCAGUUUAAAGGAAAAGAAAAUUAAGAAUGUCUUGAACCUUGUGAUCUACUUCUACAUCAUGACUGUCUAUUGUUUCUAUAGCUCAAUGCUGUCCAUGAAAUAUCUUACCUUUGAUGCUGUUAUUUAUUUGGUCUUGAGUAAACCCUCCCAGAGCUGCCUAACUGCAUGUCAUGAAUGAAGACAGGCCUCUUCAUUAUGUGUAUGUAUAUGUAUACAAUCAGUUUUGUUUACAAUUGCUAGAAGUUUUAGCUGAUCCUUCACUUGGGUUAAAUGACUGGUCUUUGUCCCCCAGAGCCUAUUUUUCACACAGUUGACCGACCACGGUCUUACAUAGUCCUCGGCUGCCUUCCAAACCAGUAAGAAGUAGACAAGAACUAAAGUAGAAAUUGAUGUCAAUUGUUACUUGGAGGCAACUCACUGUAAGCCUCUACCCAGAGUGGAGGCUGUGGCUUGCUGGGAGGCAGGCAGCCGGCCUGCCUUUCCCUGCAGCCAUGCCCAACCGCAAAGUCACCCAGUAUAGUUAAGUAGGAAAUGAAAAAAUAUUACUUCCAUUCAGUCAUAUUCCUUAUAAGUAUUUUGCCAAGUAUACAUAAGGUACAUAAAUUAUUGUUUAUACUGCAAUUAGCAAGUGGAAAAUUAAUAUAAAUCUAUUCAGCAAUUUUUACAUUGAAAGCACUUGUACAUAUAAUUUCCAGUACAUAAAUUAGAAACAAAUUAUUUAUUUUCUGAUACAGUAAAAAUAGGUGGAAGCAUUAUACCCUACCACUACUACUACCUUGGUAACAUUUUCUUAAACACUUAAACAUGCCAUGUGGAAGGAUUUUCAAUGCUUUAUCAAUGCAAAUCUGGCUCCAUGAUAUUUAUGCUUACUAUUUGAGUGGCUGCCUGAAAACUGUGGUUCUACCUUGCUAAAGAAAAGUUCCCCUUUUUCCAUAAGAGAGAGAGAAGAGGAAUGUUGAGGGGAUGAUAUUCAGAAGUCAUGUAGAAUCAGUUUUCCUGUAUCGGCCCGAGAGAUGCACUCAUGAGCCUUGUUGAUGCAUCCUCACAGCACUGCAUAGCAUUGGCCUUUCACUGUUGUAACUGUUUCCUUGUGAUCGUCUGAUUUGUCUUCAUGUAUUUAUAGUGAUUCAGAAAAACUUCAGCUCUUUGUUUCUCAUUUCAUUUUGUUUUUUAUUCCAGACUUGUGUUUUUCCCUUCUCUCUUACUCUUUAUUUGCCUUCUUCUUCCCCAGAUUCACUCUACCCUCCAUCCUCUCUCUCUCUCUCUCUCUCUCUCUCUCUCUCUCUCUCUCUCUCUCUCUCUCUCUCUCUCUCUCUCUCUCUCUCUCUCUCUCUCUCUCUCUCUCUCUCUCUCUCUCUCUCUCUCUCUCUCUCUCUCUCUCUCUCUCUCUCUCUCUCUCUCUCUCUCUCUCUCUCUCUCUCUCUCUCUCUCUCUCUCUCUCUCUCUCUCUCUCUCUCUCUCUCUCUCUCUCUCUCUCUCUCUCGUACUAAUUCUUCUUCUCAUUCUUCCAAGACUCAUCCUAUGAUUUUUCUAUGACUCGGUUUCAGUUUUAGCAAUGUAACAACUUCAACAGUGAUUAGGCUAACAAUUCAGGGGAGAACAUGCAGCCUCACCUCACACCAACACUUACACAGAGGAGACACCAGUGUUCUGCAGGAGCUCCUCUACUCAGCCAUAGAGUAGCACAACUGCUAAAUAGUGCAGUUUACACCAUCAGCACUACUCUCACACCAUUCAUCAUUUGUUAGUUGGAAGACUCAGUGGUGGUGCGUGGAGGCAGCUUAGUUCCUGGUGCUAGUCUCGGGCAGGUCAGCUGACGGUAGCAGGACUGUUCCUCACAUUACUUACAUUCCACUGUAUAUUUCCUUCUUUAAUCAAUCCCAUUUAGCAACUCUUUCAUUUACUUUUUUUUCCUGGCUGCUUUUUAGAGCAGUUUUGCAUUUUUCCUUUUUUUAAUAACUAAAAGAAAUAUUGAAUAGAGUAAAAUAAUAGUUUAUUUUUUAAAAGCGUCAAGAAAGAAAACAUAUUUCCAGUUUUAGAUAUGUGCCUUUCUUCAGAGACAUAAAUUCAUACAGGGACUCCCAGUAGUUGAAAUCCAUGCCAAAAUCUUCUAGUGGAUUCCAAAGUAAUUUCAUUAUUAUGGGUAAGAGAGGUUUUGCCGGUGCAGCCCGUGUCCCGCCCCUGUGUUGCCUGGGCCGGCAGCCCCUGCAGCAUUUCCUUGUGUGGAAGUAGAUGUCAAGCUGAGCAAUCCCUAUUGAUUUGAAGUUCUGUGGAAGAAUGUUGUUGAGUGCCUGUUGACUGAUUUUAUUUUAAUUUAGGAAGGAAAUGUAUGGAUAGAGAUUUAUUUUUACUUUUAAGUAGGGAGAAGAUGAAUAUCAAACAAAAUGCAAUUGUGAUACUUAUAGAACAUUUGAAUGUAAAUAGUAAACUAACCCAUCCAGGGCCUCGGCACAGCUGGCCGGGUGAUGGUCCAUUUGGUGGUGGUGGUGGUGGUGGUGGUGGUGAUGGUGAUGGUGAUGAUAGUAGUGGUGGUGGUAAUGGUAGUAGUGGUGGUGGCAGCAAGCCCAUCCUGGGUAAUGCUCCAACACUGGGGGUUUGUUUCCUCCUUGGAUGUGGCUUCAGGCUGAUGGAUAUUUUGAAUGAUUUAGUUGUCAGAGAUUGGUUUAUAAAUUUACAAGAGAAGGCACAUGCUCAAUUGUUCAAAGAUUGAUUAUGCGAUUUUAAAAAAAGUAAUUUAUUUUGAUUAUUUAAGUAAAGAAUGAUUAUUUUUGUUGCAUGAUUCAUAUGCAGCAGUAGACAUAUAUAUGAUAUUUAUGUUAAUUAAUUUAAUUGUCAUAUAUAUAUAUAUAUAUAUAUAUAUAUAUAUAUAUAUAUAUAUAUAUAUAUAUAUAUAUAUAUAUAUAUAUAUAUAUAUAUAUAUAUAUAUAUAUAUAUAUGACAGGGAAAGAUUAAAAUUAUUGGUGAAUAUUUUAACUCAUUUCUUUUUAACAUUAUCAAAGUAUGUUGAGUGAUGUGAAAUUCUGUCUUCCUGUGUUGAGGCCAGUGUGUGCUGCUGCAAAUUUUAUGGAGAAAAUUUUGUUGCUGCAUGGAUGAAUUGCUAUGUUGAUUUAUCAAAAACUGUAACAACAACCAAAUUAAUUAUUUUAUAUAAAAUUUUAAAGUUUAGCCAUCCUAAGUUGUGUGUAUGUGUGCAUGUGGGAGACUGUGUUCCAUUGAGUGUUGCAUUUUGUUUUUAUAUUAUAAUGAAAGGUUUCGAAGAAUUACAUGAAAAUGGAUGAGGUAGAAGCAGACACAGUUGGUCUCAGUGUUGGAUGACAGCUGGCAAGAGAAAGCACCCGCACCUCGGGAGCAAGAGGUGAAGCUCAAGCAGUGAAGGCUGUGCCGGGCAGCUGGACUGGUGGAGUGUUGACACGUUCCUAAUGUCUCGUGCUACACCGCAGCAGCCACACUCACAGCAGCAGCCCACCCCACCCACACAAUAGGUAUUACUGGCUGUUGAGUUCUCCUCCUCUGGACAGUCAGCAAGACAGGAAUUAUGUGGAAGCUUUAAGUGGUGGGGGAAAACAUGAGACUGAAAAUGAAGGAUCUAUUCUAAUGAUUAGUGCUUAGUCUGAUCAGUGUGACAAGGACUCUUGCUAGCGCUGUAAAGUAACAGGUGGAGUGACUAGUGUACUGUACAGCUAGAUGAUGUUAUAAAUAACCUAUUGAGACUGUUGAAAGAAUAUAGGUUUAUUUUGAUAACAAGGCUUAUUUUAAUAAGAACUACAUAUACCUGACACACCAGCAUGUACAUAAGUGUCAAAUGAAACAAAUGUGUACAUUUCAAAUGAUUACUAGAUUUUUUUUUUAAGUGUCAUCAUGGAAAUUAAGUAAGAAGGCACAGUUGUACAUACCAUCUUCAUUAUCUGUGAAAUGAAGACAAUGUGCAUCAGGACGACACAGUCAACUUGUUGAGGCGAGGACGAGAGGCCGGGCGGCUGUGCUGCCCCCGGCAUUGCCACACCCACCCAGAGUCUCAAUACAUGAGAGAAGUGACUCACAUGCUUAGUUUAGGGCCUGAAGACAGUGUAGCAGCCACAGGAGUACCAGUGUUGGCAUGGGCCGCGUUGUGUUCUGUGACUGCUGUGGCCGCAACACUCUACCUAGAGUUAAGGCACUUCCAAAGUUAAGAAAAUGCAAAAAAGAUGUGUUAUUCAAAAUCUGUGGCGUUGUGUUUUGUGAAAGUUUCUCUUCUUUUCUUUAUUUUCAGUACACUUUCUUCACUGUGAAUUUUGUGCAAACGAAUCUAGAUUUAAGAAUUGUAGGGAAAAGAUGUAGUUUUAAGGAAAGCCUUAGUUGUAAGUGUUAACAAUAGACCUUUUCCUGAGCAGUUGUUAUAGGUCAAAGGUGAGCAGGCUGGUCCUGCCACACACACCUUCCAUAGCACACAUAUUGUGUACGUGUUGGUGGUGGUAAGCGGCACCCCAGCCUGGGCCUGUCUGCUCAUCUUGUGACUGUGAACAGCUGCUUAGCUGCAUCUCCCAGGGCUAUUGAAUAAGGUUAAUCUUUCAAAAAUGUGAUUUUUUGCAAAUUGUAUAUGAGAUGAAAACCAAGUUGUAGAAAAAUGAAUGUGCCCAUUCCAAACGUCUUCCCUGUGCUCCGGAGGGGAUGAGUAUGGAGACCUCAGUAGUGUCCCCAGCGCCUCCCUGUUGCCCCGCACCCUCCUCCCCUCCCCCAGCCAGGCUCAGUCACUGACACAUCUUCAGGUGGAAUUUUGUUUUCCUUUUCAAUUUUAGAAAUGAUAGAAUUCAAGCCCACUAGAAAUCUUGAUUAUGACAUUUGAGUUUUCAGCAUUUUUAUCAGAUCCUCAUUGAAAUCAGAGGAGCAAGCACAGGAUCCGAGGAGUGUGUGUAUGUGAGGCUGCCUGUGUGUGUGUCCCUUUUGAGGGGAAGGGGAAGGGGAACUUGCGAGGACUUGAUGGGUUGAAUACCUUAUUUCUGUUAAGCUGAUUAGUUUGUUAACCAAAGUAUUGUUGAUAUCACCAAAGUCAUAUUUUAUUACAACUUAAUUAGUAGAAAAUGAACAGAUGCAUCCUAAAUUGCUAUUAGUCAGGUUCUUGGGGCUAGAGUGUGUGGCCCCAACCUCAGCCAGCGCCAAACACCACCAGUACAAACCAACAUUGGAUCAAUAGCUUGCUCAGCCAUCACUCAACACUUGUUUUGUGAAAGGUUUGAAGAUUAGACCUUUUUUUCUUGUAGCUGGACUAAUUUUAUUCAAUGCAUUGCCAACAUGAUCAUAUAUAUGUAUGAGUAUACCUGCAAUGAAUAGUAUGAACCACAUUGUAAGAGAGGCAUCAUAAGCCUUGUCCAGCUGCUCCAUCUGGUGGCUCACUGCCAUUACAGCAACUCCUGCCAUGGAUGUGCAUGAGAUAUACAAGGGAAAUCACUUGCCUCUUAAGUCCAUGGUCACAUAGGAGAUGGCAUCUGGGCUUACCAAAUACAAGUUCACCAGGUUGAGCACUAAUGUUGGAAUGAGAUGUCUGCCAAGUAGAGUUCACAUUAAGGAUGGUAUGUAGUAGGUUCCAGUGUGCUAGGCUCAGAGGUGACUCCCACCCCCAGUCUUCUCCAGCCCUAUCAUAUGGCCACCUAGCAGUGAGCACGGUAGUGAUUGGAGUGAAGCUUCAUAUCGCAUUGAGCCUGGGUAAAAGAAAGUCCAAUGAGAGCUAUUUUUGUAUCCCCAGCCCCACAGAUCCCUCCCACCCCAGCACCCUCAGAUUUCAAGCAAUAUUAUAGUCAACAGAAGGUCUUGAGGAAAAUGCAAGAAGGUGCAUGUAUGAAGACUUAGGUUGGGACAACUGCUGGUGCUGUAGAACACUUAGGUUGGCUCCUGUUCCCAGAUAGGAUGAGUUGUAUUGGUUAUUAAUUUUCAGAGAUUUGCUUAUCAGAGAGAUGAAAAAAAAAAAAAGCACUCCCAUAACCCUAGGCCAGACAAACAGACAUAUAUUUAAACUUCACUUGACUUUCAAAAUAUCUCAUGAGCUCUGCCAUAAAACAUCAGUUAUUGGCUUUGAGAAUUGGGAAAAAUUUACAUCAAGAAUACAGAAUUGAAAAAUUGGCCAUAAUCUUGGUUAUUUUCUGAAUUUUUAUUGGCAGGCAAGAUCAUGUUCUUGUAUACAAACAUUAUCAUGAUGGAGUGGGAUGUUGGCUCAGCUGUGAGGAAAGGAGCAGCAUGGGUGAGAGACAGGGUGGGUGCCACAACCCUUCAGGGCCCUGUAGAAGCUUCAUAAUAGUCGGGCAGGGGAGUAGCCUGACAUACUCCAUGGGACUUAUUUAGCAGGAGUGUACAGGUCUUUCGCUGGGACAUGACCAACUCAGGUGACUAGUGUAAGAUACAUCGCCUUAUGCCCUGGUUGUGUGGUGGCACCACACCUGCUCUCCUCUUCCUUGCCUGCCCCUUUCUUCAAUUAGACUAACCCUCUCUUCAAAUAUACAUUUGAUUGAUCGUAUUUCAGUUUAUUAAGUUAUACCUGUCAUAACCCUGAUGUCUCUUCUUGUCUUACCAUACCUUGAACUAAGUUGUCUUUCAUAACAUUUCGUUAGGUAUGUUUCAUUCUUGCUGUAAAAUUAGUAAACAUUCUUCACUUUAUGAAAAAAAAUCACUAUCCUAUUAUAUCCAUUUUUCCCUUCAUCUUUUUCCCUAUGCUAACAUUCUCCCUCCCUGCACUAGCCAGCAUUAAUUUGUCCUCAAGAAAUAAUAAAAUUAAACCAGAGCUAAACAAAACAAGAGACAUGGGAACCGGCCCAUUGCAAGACAUUAAUUGAAUUGACCACAACUUUCUCCCCAGUGUUCUCUACCCACUGAGGUGAAUCAGAUGACAUGGUGGGCAGUUUCCACAUCUCAGCUCACAUGAGUCUUGCUUCAUCCUAUCUCAUAUUUCCAUGUUCAUAAUAAGGCCAAUUUACAAGCUUUAAAAGAGGUAUGUGGCUUCAUAGGAUAUGAGGAUAUGAUGACCCACAACCAUUUUAUGGUUUUAACCUGAGUUGAACUUUGUGAUUGAUGCUGCAACAAUUAUGAUGUCUUAAAAUGAGGAAAUUCUUUAUCUGCAUCUCAGUUAAGGAUUACAACUAGUUUUCUAUGUGACACUUCUUUUUGACUUUAUUUAUUUGUAUUUUGUUAUUGAAUACAGACAAACCAGUAUACAGGAGCAGCACUUACGACUGUAAUACACUUAAUUGUAUUGCAUUCCUGGGAAGUAUAGUAUACUUCAUGAUACAUCCAAACUUGCACUUCUCUCAUUGAGUGAGUUACAGCUAGGCUUCCCUCAUGACUAUAUUGGCAAACCAUCUUAUAUCUUCACAACCAUCAGAUAAGGCAAAUAUUAAUAAUAAUAAAAAAAAAGUAUUGGCAUUCACAACUGCCUGCUUGUUUGUGUUUACUCGGACCCCGAUUCUGUUAUUUAUUUAUUUGUUUUAUUUUAUUUUAUUUUAUUUAUUUUUUUAUUUAUUUAUUUAUUUUUUUUUUUUGUUACAUCUAGUCCUUAUAAUAUACCUUUCCAGGGAAAUCCAAAUAUACUGCGCUGGACAUGGUCUUUAACCCCACUUAACACAAGCUCAUAGGAGAAUGAAUGUCCAUUGGGAUAGGGGACAGAGGCAGAUUGCAUGCGCCUGUAGCUCACCAUGAGAGAGGUACAGCCUCCCUCAUCACACAGUAUUUAUAAAGAGCCCUUUGCUGACCCUGUACAUAGGAUUGACAUGACUUUUAUUUUGUCUUAAUUUAUACACAAGAUUAGAAUUUUGCUGACCAGAAUGACUGGAGUUGUGGUUAAUAGGGGCGAAGUUUGUGAAUGGCAAAUGAAACCACUGGUAACAUAUGCAAGACUCGUGACGCAACACUUUUCCUUUAUUGUCACGGAUGAGUGGAAUGGCAUGAAAUAUUAUAAAUAGUGAUUCUUCAAUGUGAAGUUAAUAUUGUUGACAGAUGAAAGGACUAAAUAAAAAUUUUAUGUUUAA